AUGGUGAAGCUGAGCAAAGAGGCCAGGCAGAGGCUGCAGCAGCUUUUCAGGGGUGGCCAGUUUGCCACCCACUGGAGCCUUGUUCCUGUCAUGAUUUACCUGGGAUUUAAGAGGGGUGCAGAUCCUGGAAUGUCUGAACCAACCAUUUUUAGUUUACUUAGGGGAUAAAGAACUAUUUGGUCAUCUGGAUUUGGAAGCAGUUAAUGGACAGGAACAACAUGGAAGGUGUGUGCGGUGGCUGGGAUAAAAGAUGGGGGGUCCUUCAGAUGCUCCCCAGUUGAAUGGUACAGGGCUCUUCACAGGUGCUUCAGUGUCAGAGUGGGAUCUCUGUUGACUUAUGAUAGAUUGUAUCAAAAUGAAUGUUAAAAACAAAAACAGAACACCUGCCAGACUCUAUUCCUGAGUGGCUGUACUGUUUAAUAUUCCCGCCAGCAAUGUAUGAGAAAUCCAGUUUCUCUGCAUCCUCACCAAAAUUUGAUAUUGUCACUAUUAUUUUCAUUGUUUUUACAGUUGUGUAAUAGUCUUAUUAUUGAAUUUGGUUGAAUUUACAUUUCCCUAAUAGCUUAUGGUGGUGAACAAAUGAAAUACCUCUUUGCUUAACGUGUUCAUGUCUUUUGCCCAUAUUCUAAUUGGACUGUCUUUUGUUGAGUUUUGAGAGUUCUUUAUUUAUCUGACAUGAGUCAUUUCUCACAUAUGUGACUUGCAAAUUAAGCAUUUAAUUUCUGGUGAAAUCUAAUUUAUCACUUUUUCUCUUUUAUGGAUUGCUUUCAGUGUCAUGUCUAAGAUCUCUUCACCUAGCUCCAAGUUCUAGUGAAGAUUUUUACUUGUUUUAAAGUUUUCCAGUUUUAUGUUUUGCCUUUAAAUCUAUGAUCUAUUUUGAGUUCAUUUUUGUAUUGUGACUUAAGAUUCUUUUUAAUUUUUUUAAUGGAUGUCCAACUACUCCAGUAUUAUUUACUGAAACGCCUGUCCUUCACUGAAUGCUCAAAAAUUAGCCGGCCAUCGUUGUGUGGGUCUGUUUCCGGGAUCUUUCUUCUGUCCCAUUGAUCUACUUGUCUGUCCCUCUGCCAUGUUGUCUUAAUGCAGAUCUGCAGCAACUCUUGAAAUCAGGUAUGGUGAGUCUGCUCACUUUAUUCUUGCUUUUCAAAGUUAUCUUAGCUACCUGUUUCUUUUCCUUUUCAUUUAAAUUUUGAAAAAUGUCAUCUCAAAAAAAAAAAACUUUGCCAGAAUUUUGAUAGGAAUUGCAUUAAACCCAUAGAUCAAAAUGGGAAGUAAUCUCAUCUUUACCUGUUGCUGAGUCUUCUAAUCCUAGAACAUGACAUGUUUCUCCUUUUAUGCAGGUCUUUGAUUUCUUUAAUCCAGUGUUUAUUAAUUUUCAACACACAAAUCUCAUAAUGUUUUGUUAGGUUUUUCAGUGAUUAUAUAGUUUUACAUUUUGAUUUUCAUUUGUUCAUUGCUACUAUAUAGAAUACAAUUUUUGUAUAUUCAUCUUGUAACCUAUGACCUGAUGAACUCAUUUAGUUCUAGGUUUUUUUGUAGAUUCCUUGGGAUUUUCAAAAUCUCCAUGGGAUUUUGAUAAUUCUAUAGGUUAUCAAAUUAACAAAUAGGGACAAUUUUCUUUUCAGUCUAUACAUUUAAUUUUAUUUCCUUUUUCUUGCCUCAUCUUAUUGUGCUGACUAGGAUUUCCAGUAUGUUGAAUAGGAGUGUUGAGAGUGGAUAUCCUUGCCUUGUUCUGAUCUCAAGGGCGAAGCACCUAGUCUUUUACACCAUUGUAUAUGUUAGCUGUUGGGUUUUUUGUAGAUGUUAUUUACCAAGUUGAGGAAGUUACCCUCUUAUUUCUAGCUUGCUGAGAGUUUUUAUCAUGAAUAAAUGUUCAAUUUUGGCAAGUUUUUUUCAUCAAUUGAUAAGAUCAUGUCUUCUUUCCCAUAGGUUUAUUUAUUUAUUUAUUUAUUUAAAAGAUUUUAUUUAUUUAUUUGACAGAGAGAGACAGCCAGCGAGAGAGGGAACACAAGCAGGGGGAG